GCAUUGUAUGGAAAAUACUAUCCCAGCAGAAUUCUUGGCUGCAAUCACGCAAAUUUUUGCCAUUGCUACCAGCAUAAUAUGGCUAUCAAUACAAAGAUUAAUCAAACGCCAAGAUAAAUUGACUGAAACAAAUAGCUUUGAAAGUGAUGAUAUUCGGGAUGUUGUCAAUAACCCUUUUUCCAAUGGCAACAGAAUAUCUCGUAUCAUAUUUGAUACAAUAAUCUUAUCUGUUGUAUCUGGGUAUACUUUUAUUCAACACGUAGCCGAAACACCUACUACUUAUGGCAUAAUGGCGAAAGCAACCACAUUUAUUGCUUGGUUAUACUGUUUUGUAUUAGCAAUUACAGCCUCAAGAUACCCUUUGCCCAAUCCAACGGGCUGGAGGCUCAAUAUUCAUCUAUGUAUCAUUUACACAAUUUUGUUUUUCUCUUCCUCCGUCAAUAUGAUUGACGCUCUCUGGCAGAAUACCGGUAUCUCUUUCAUGCAGGCAUUACCCAUUUUUUUACCUGUUAUAAUUGGUCUUGAUCUAGUUUAUACUACAGCUACUGUAAAAAAUGGAUCCCGGUUUUUAGAUGGGGACGGUAAGCCAGUGAACGGAUACAAUGUGGAAUCAAUUUUCGGAAUCGUUUAUUUUUCGUGGGUGUCACCAAUCGUUUAUCUUGUUUACAAAAAAGGGGACACAUUGUCAGAUGAUGACCUCCCCAGAUUACCUGCGACACAUCGUGCCCGCAAUAUGUUUUAUAUAUUCAGUCAACAUCGAGAAAAAAAACUAUUGCAUCGAAUUUUUAUUGCUAAUCAAUAUUCCAUGCUAAUGCAAGGCCUGCUAGGGUUUGUCAUACCCGUACUAAACUAUGCGACGCCCUUCUUCUUAAAUCGGUUCUUAAUUGUCAUUCAAGAAAUAACGUCAGGGCACGGCGAUGAACGAUCAUUUAUAUGUGGUCUGGGUAAUAUCUUUGGUUUGGCUGCAUUUAUUGUCAUUGCCAACAUUCUUGUUGAACAGCUAUGGUUUUUUGCACAAUCGUCGACUCAGAUGCGUACAAAAUCCAUGUUAAAUAUGGAAAUUUAUAGGAAAACGUUGCGUCGCAUGGACACUGUUGUAUUGUCAGGUGGUGGUGCUAAUAGAGAUGAAAAAAGAGAUGCAGAAAAAAAUAAGGACGAAGAAGAUAGUACUUCAAGUACAGGUAUGGUUGUGAACUUAAUGAGCACAGACUCUUCAAGAAUUUCGGAUUUUGCUUCUUGGUGGUUUGUUUUGAUAGAAGCUCCUGUACAACUAGGCGUUGGCGUUUAUUUUCUAUAUACCUUGCUAGGCUGGUCAGCUAUUUUAGGUUUAUCAACCAUGAUUAUCACAAUUCCUAUCAACCAUUAUAAUUCAAAUUUUUUCUUGAGGACUCAGGAAAAAGUAAUGAAGGCACGCGAUAAACGUGUCUCCUUGAUGAAUGAGGUGCUACAAGGUAUUCGACAAAUCAAGUUUUUUGCUUGGGAAGUAAAUUGGUCAAAACGGAUUUUGGAAGCGAGAAAUUUAGAGUUAGGGUAUCUUAGACUGGUUUACUUUAGUGAAAUCAUAUUCAUGAUACUAUGGCAAAGUACACCUAUUCUAGUGACUACUAUUGCGUUUUGGUCGUUUACAAAAAUAGAGGGAAAAGAAUUGACAGCUCCUAUAGCAUUUACUUCCAUCACAAUUUUUAAUGAUCUUCGGUUUUCUCUCACUGUCAUUCCUGAAACAGUUACCCGCUUAUUUGAAACUUUCAUCAGCCUGAAUCGAAUUGAUAAAUUUUUGACAGAGGAUGAAAUUAUUACUACACAUCCGGUAUCUUUUGAUGUAAUCAUAGGAUUUAAAAAUGCAACCAUUUCGUGGCCAAGCAAACCCAAAAUUGAUACAAACCCAACCUUUCCUGAACAAGACACAUUUACAUUGAAGGAUCUUGACGUAGUAUUUCCUAAUAACAAACUAUCAUUAGUUUGUGGUCCCACUGGGUCCGGAAAGUCACUCAUCAUGCUGAGUCUGUUAGGCGAAACGGAAACGCACAGUGGCAGCGUUCUUUUUCCAAGAUCCACCUACCCGAAUAAUUUAGAUGAUUCUGCAGCCGUUACAUCCAUCAAGGUGUGCGAAGAUGCCGAUAUUGUUCCGGAACACUGGAUAUUACAGCAUGCAGUUGCCUAUGUCUCUCAAACUGCUUGGUUACAAAAUAAUUCCAUCAAGAACAACAUCUUAUUUGGCUUGCCAUUUGCUGAAAAACGUUAUAAAGCAGUAUUAACAGCUUGUGCUUUGGAUAAAGACAUCAAUUAUUUGGAAGAUGGCGAUGAGACGGAAAUUGGAGAAAAGGGUAUUACUUUAUCGGGCGGACAAAAAGCCCGUGUUGCCUUGGCUAGAGCAGUUUACUCAAGGGCGCAAAACAUAUUGAUGGAUGAUGUCUUGAGCGCUGUAGACGCGCAUACAGCCAAGCAUUUGUACAAGAAAUGUCUGACUGGGCCCCUCAUGAACGGUCGCACGCAGGUUCUAAUCACACAUUAUGUUAACUUAUGUAUUCAGGGUAGUUCCUACGUCGUUUUUGUUAAAAAUGGAGGUAUCCAACUAUCCGGAUCACCAGCUGAAUUGAAACAAAAAAACAAAUUGGCUUUGAUCUUUGAAGAGAAUGUAAAAUCGGAUGAUUAUGAAGAAGAGGAAGAAACUAUUCGGGAACUUGACACAAUACAGGAGACUAAGAAGGCAAAAAUUUUGGUUGAGGACGAAAAUCGCGCUUCUGGAACUGUUAAAUUGCGACUAUACAGACUUUACUUCAAGUUACUGGGCAAUUGGUUUUUUUGGUCAUUUAUUGUGGUGUCAAUUAUUGGUGUAAGAUGCCUAGAUGUUUCGUCUUCAUGGUGGUUAAAAAAGUGGGCUCAAUCGUAUGAGACAACUUCUGGAACAAUACCUUCGCAUAGUCUUUUGAUAUCUCAAAUUAACAAUAUGGCUUCUAUCCCUUCCAUUUUGUCAGAGGAAAAACAUAAGGAGAGUUUAAACAGGUAUCUCAUUGUCUAUGUAUUAUUUAACAUAUCUAUCACGGUGGUUGCUAUUGUAAGACAGAGUGCUACGUUUAUGGGUGGCAUUAAAGCAAGCAGAAAGUUAUACACUAUGUUAUUAGAUCGUGUUUUAUAUGCACCACUUCGAUUCUUUGAUACCACACCUGUCGGGCGUAUUGUAAAUCGAUUUUCCAAUGAUUUUGAAACAAUUGAUUCUUCGGUACCUAGUGACUUUAUACAAUUCUGUGUUCAAUGGACGGUUGUUCUUUCAAUUUUUUUCGUGGCCACAUUUGUUUUGCCCACUCUUGCUAUCCUUAUGAUUGCAGUGGCCAUAAUCAAUGUUUAUUUUGGAAUGAAAUUUGUUACAGCUUCGAUGGAGUUGAAGAGAAUGGACUCGGUAAGUCGAUCUCCUUUGUUUACACUUUUUGGUGAGACUAUAGUGGGUGUCACUACAAUUAGAGCUUUUGGUAUGACACAGCAGUUUAUGUUGGAGAUGCUUCGUCGCGUAGAUACCAACGCAAGACCCAUGUUUUAUGUUUGGACAAUGAGCCGAUGGGUGAGUCCCCGUAUUUCAAUUAUGGGUGCAUUGAUUGCGUUUGUUACUGGUGCAGCUAUUCUGUUUAAUUUGGAUCAUUUGGAUGCUGCUACAGCUGGGUUUUGUCUGAGCUAUGUCUUGGCAUUUACGCAAAUGACGUUUUGGGGCGUCAGGCGUUACACACAGCUUGAAAUGAACUUCAACUCAGUCGAGCGAGUUGUUGAAUUCUUAGAGAUGGAGCAAGAAUCACCAACUAUUACUAAUAUCAGACCUCCCUCCAAUUGGCCAAGUGAAGGAUCAGUUCAAGUAACCAACCUGCAUGUCAAAUAUGCACCAGACCUUGAGCCAGUUUUAAAAGGGCUAUCCUUUUCCAUCAAGGGUAAGGAAAAAAUCGGCAUAGUUGGUCGGACCGGGAGUGGUAAAUCAACUUUAGCGCUUGCUUUUUUUCGAUUUAUCGAGUCUACAGAAGGCUCUAUUGUCAUUGACAAUAUCAAUAUUGCAGAUAUUGGUACAAAAGACUUGCGAAGCAAACUGACUAUUAUUCCUCAAGAUCCCGUAUUAUUUUCUGGUACACUGCGAUCAAAUAUGGACCCUUUUGAUGAAUUUGACGAGGAAGCCAUUUAUACAGCUUUACGUCGCGUUCACUUGAUGGAUGAUACCUUAGAUAAUGAGAAUAUAUUUACUGACCUCAAUACAGUUGUCAGUGAAGGAGGAAAUAACUUUUCUCAGGGACAAAGGCAACUAUUAUGUCUUGCGCGAGCCUUACUGAAGAGAAGUAAAAUUGUAUUAAUGGAUGAGGCUACCGCAAGUGUAGAUUUUGAAACAGAUAGAGCUAUCCAAAAGACAAUCACGCAAGAAUUUGCAGAUAGUACAAUUUUAUGUAUUGCCCAUCGACUCAACACAGUCAUCGAAUAUGAUCGUAUCUUAGUUUUAGAUCACGGAGAGAUUACUGAGUUUUCAAGUCCCUUGGAACUUUUACGUGAUAUAAAAUCAGCCUUUUAUAAAAUGUGUCGUAACUCCGGUGAAUAUGAAAAUCUCCUCGAGCUUGCCAAGAAGAAACAUGAAUUGAUAGACAUUUUAUAAAAGCGUUCAAAUAAAAUUUAAUGCGAUAAUUUAGCGUGUG